AUGCGACGAAUUCGACGCUCAGCACUACAUGUGAACACUCUGUCUUUUUCUACAGACAGAGGCGACCCAGUACUUUGCGCCUCAAUAGGGCGAGCGGAAUUCUUCGCGGCGUGGAGCAGUAGAGAGUUCAGCGUCCGCAACUGCGUCGACAUCAUUGACAUCGUCAUCAUCGUCAUCAUCAUCAUCACAGUCGCGGACAGCGCUGUCAAGCGUGUCGUUGGCCCAAACAGGCUUCAGAUUGGAGGCUACAACCAGGGCGGCUCAGACGCCUGCAACAUGGACAGUCUCACGCUCACAGCUGACAUUGGCGCCUUACUUGACGGCAAACUCAACGGCGGCAAAAUUAAGUCUGUCCGCUGUCCGAGGCUAAAGAAGGUCGCCUUGUGGUGA